CAGCGGCCCCUGCCCCGGGCUCAGCCUGCUUCUGCUUCUGCCUCUGCCGGGUCAGGCCCACCCCACCUCCUCCGGGCGCCCUGCCUGCUCCUUAGAGCUGCUGGCUGGGUGGGCGGCCACUGUCCAGCGUUUAGGCUGGGCCACCCCAGGUUCUGUCUGUGCUGAUGUUGAUGUUGUGACUAAAUUCUUCUCCCGUGUGAAACCUGUGCUGGUGACAGCUCCCCCCAGAGAUGGGACGAGGAGGCCGCGGGCCCGCCUGUGGAGCCAAUGCGCACGUGACCCCGGUUCCUGGGCCCCGGCUCGGGGAGCCCCUGGCUGCCUCGUUCCUGAGGCUGCUACAUGCAGAGCCGCGCACCCUGACCCUCCCGUUCCAGGGCGGCGGCCCAGGCGGUGCUCCGCGUGGACGGGGCGGGCUGUGGACCUGCCGGGGUGACAGUGGGAGGGAUGGGGGGGCGAGAACGCGGUGAAACACGGUUCCCGUCUUUGCAGCUGACCCUCAGCACCUCGAGCAACCUGUCAUCCAAGCUGAGCGCGGCGAGCCUGAGCCCGGGCAGCAGGUGCGGGCCCGGCGAGUACUGGUCUGGGAGGCGCUGCUGCCAGCGCUGCCCCGCAGGCCAGUAUGUCGAGGAGCCAUGCAGCAGCCCCCACACCCGGAGCAAGUGUGAGGCGUGUGACACAGGGACCUACACGGGACACGCCAACGGCCUGCCGUCCUGCCUGCCGUGCACCACCUGCCGCAAGGACCAGGAGAUGGUGAGUGACUGCACCCCGACACAGGACCGGCAGUGCCAGUGCAAGACCGGGGAGUACUACUGCGACUCUGAGCACUGCCUGGAGGGCUGCAACCCCUGCACCAGCUGUCCCGGCGCCACCCUCCAGACCUGCACCCCCACGAGGGACACCGUGUGCGCCCCAGCAGCCCAGCCAGAGCCAGGUAAGCGGCCCCGCCUCUUCCACGGCAGCCAGCCUGUGCACAGAGGGCACCGCCCGGCUCUGGGCCGGGGUCAGUGCUCAGCUCUGCCCCCUAGAAAAGAGGCUGCAGGCAGGAAGGGGUGGGUGUGCGUGGCCGGGUUCCAAGAAAACGUUAUUUUUUUCUAAUAUAUUUCUAUUGAUGUCAGAGAGGGAGGGAGAGAAACAUCCAUGAUGAGAAAAUCAUGGACCAGCUGCCUCCUGCACGCCCCGCACUGGGGAUUGGGCCCGCAACCCGGGCCUGUGCCCUGAGCGGGAAUCGAACCCUGACCUCCUGGUUCAUAGGUCGACGCUCAACUACUGAGCCAGGCCGGCGGGACUUAAAGCACAUUUAAUGCCCAUCCCCCCGCAAAAAGAACAUAGUUAGGACCUAAUCUGUGAUUAAACACAAGUGGUCAGAGCGCUGGUCGUGUUGGGUCAGUGGUUAGAGCAUCGGCCUGUGGACCAAAGGCUGGUGGGUUCGAUUCCCAGUCAAGGGCACGUCCCUGGGUUGCAAGCUCAGUCCCCAACCCGGUCGGGGGUGCGGCAGCCCAUGGAUGUGUCCCUCACACUGUCACACCCACGCUUCUCUCUCUGUCUCUCCCUCUCCUCCCUCCGCUCCCUCUCUCUACAAAAAUCAAUGGGAAAAUGUCGUCGGGUGAGGAUUCAGGAGAAAUAAAUGCA